AUGCUCUCUUCCAACAAUUUAUUCAGAGCUGCCAAGGCUUUUGCCCCUGCUAUUAGAACUCACGUUCCUGCCCGUACCUACGCUCAAGCUGGUACCAACUGGGCUGCCCAAAAGGUUGCCAUGUCCAACCUUGAACAAGACAAGUUCAUCAACUACCAAAGAAUUGAAGAUAACCUUCAAAUCGUCCGUAAGAGAUUGAACCGUCCUUUGACUCUCUCUGAAAAGGUCGUCUAUGGUCACUUGGAUGAUGCUGAAAACCAAGAUAUCGUUCGUGGCCAAUCUUACCUCAAGCUUCGUCCUGACCGUGUUGCUUGUCAAGAUGCUACUGCUCAAAUGGCUCUUUUGCAAUUCAUGUCUGCCGGUCUUCCUAACGUUGCCGUUCCCUCCACUGUUCACUGUGAUCACUUGAUUGAAGCUCAAGUUGGUGGUCCCAAGGAUUUGGCUCGUGCCAUUGACAUCAACAAGGAAGUCUAUGACUUCUUGGCCACUGCCACUGCCAAGUACGGUCUUGGUUUCUGGAAGCCAGGAUCUGGUAUUAUUCACCAAAUUAUCCUUGAAAACUACGCUUUCCCUGGUGGUCUUAUGAUCGGUACUGACUCUCACACUCCUAACGCUGGUGGUCUCGGUAUGGUUGCCAUUGGUGUCGGUGGUGCUGAUGCUGUCGAUGUUAUGGCUGACAUUCCUUGGGAACUCAAGUGCCCCAAGGUCAUUGGUGUCAAGCUUAACGGUAAGCUUAACGGCUGGACCUCUCCUAAGGAUAUCAUCCUCAAGGUCGCUGGUAUCUUGACUGUCAAGGGUGGUACCGGUGCCAUUGUUGAAUACUUUGGUGAAGGUGUCAACUCUUUCUCUUGUACUGGUAUGGCUACUAUCUGUAACAUGGGUGCUGAAAUUGGUGCCACUACUUCCAUGUUCCCCUUCAACGAACGUAUGGCUGACUACCUCCGUGCCACUAACCGUAGUGCCAUUGCUGACUAUGCCAAGUCCUUCUCUCACAACCUUCGUGCUGAUGAAAAUGCUCAAUAUGAUGAAGUCAUCGAAAUCAACCUCGACACUCUCGAACCCCACAUCAACGGUCCUUUCACUCCCGAUUUGGCCACUCCUCUCUCCAAGUUCAAGGAAACCGCCAUCAAGAACGAUUGGCCCCAAGAACUCAAGGUCGGUUUGAUCGGUUCUUGUACCAAUUCUUCUUACGAAGACAUGACCCGUUCUGCUUCUCUCAUCAAGCAAGCUAACGAACACGGUAUCCAAUUAAAGUCCAAGUACACUGUCACUCCUGGUUCUGAACAAAUCCGUGCCACCAUCGAACGUGAUGGUAUCAUGGACACCUUUACCAACGCUGGUGGUGUUGUUUUAGCUAACGCUUGUGGUCCUUGUAUCGGUCAAUGGGAUCGUCAAGACAUCAAGAAGGGUGACAAGAACUCUAUCAUCACUUCUUACAACCGUAACUUCACUGGUCGUAACGAUGCCAACCCUGAAACACACGCUUUCGUUGCCUCUCCUGAAAUCGUCACUGCCUUGUCCAUUGCCGGUGACAUGCACUUCAACCCCAUGACUGAUUCUCUUAUUGGUGCUGACGGUAAGCCCUUCAAGCUUAACCCUCCUGCUGGUGAUGCUCUUCCUUCUCGUGGUUACGAUGCUGGUGAAAACACCUACCAAGAACCUCCUGCUAACCGUGCCAGCGUCCAAGUUGCCGUUGACCCCAAGUCUAACCGUCUUCAACUCUUGGAACCUUUCUCCAAGUGGGAUGGUAAGGACAUUGAAAACGUCCCUAUCCUUAUCAAGGCUAAGGGUAAGUGUACCACUGAUCACAUCUCUAUGGCUGGUCCCUGGCUCAAGUACCGUGGUCACUUGGAUAACAUCUCCAACAACUUCUUGAUUGGUAAGUCUAGUGUAUACGAAGGUAAGGUCAACAACAUCAAGAACGUCUUCACUGGUGAAUAUGCUGGUGUCCCUGAUGUUGCCCGUGACUACAAGGCCAGAGGUAUCAAGUGGGUUGUUUUCGGUGACGAAAACUACGGUGAAGGUUCUUCUCGUGAACACGCUGCUUUGGAACCCCGUUUCCUUAACGGUGCUGCCGUCAUCGUCAAGUCCUUUGCUCGUAUCCACGAAACCAACUUGAAGAAGCAAGGUAUGCUUCCUUUGACUUUCGCCAACCCUGCCGACUACGAUCUUGUUGAUGCUGAUGACAAGGUCUCUAUCCUUGGUUUGACCGACUUCCAACCUGGUAAACCUUUGACUGUUCGUCUCCAAAAGAAGGAUGGUUCCGUCAAGGACAUCACUGCCAACCACACAUUCAACGAAGGUCAAAUUCAAUGGUUCAAAUACGGCGUAAGGAUCUUUAAAUAUAUAUCUUUAAGCACUUUACUAACUUAUCAUUUCUCUUUUAUAGUCUGCUCUCAACUUGAUGAAGGAAAAUGCCAAGAACUAAAUCUUUCCAUUCCAUACUUAAAAAAUGUAAUUAAUAAAAACAGCUGUAUAGAAAAAAAGGGGGUUGUUAAAAGUAUAAUACAGUUAGUUUAUUGUGAGGUUUUAAGUUGUCUAAAAGUUUAUCGUCUAUUUCCACCCUUCUUGCGCUUGCUUGCUUCUAGGUUAGGUGCUGACACCUUGACUUUACUCAUCAUGGCAUUAAUGCCUUCCAUUUCUGGCACACCCUUGAUCAAUUCUUUUUCACGAGGUGCAGCAUCAUUUAAGUUGAAAAAGACAGAUUGA